GCGUGCUUGACUCCGAUGUGUUCUGAUCGGUGUUUCCCGAAAGAGCUGCAAAGAACUGGGGCCUUCAGGUUUGUCAUUGCUGAUCCUGGGUGAGCCUAAUAAGGAUAAAGGAAGGCAUCGCAGCCAUGACGCCAUGGGCUGUAGUCCUACAAAAUUCGUCAGAACAGAAGGGCAACCAACUGGUGAGGAGGCUGGCGAAGAUAGCACCGCCACGGUAUCCGGGGAUAACUCACAAUGUCUCGUGGAAUCUGCAGCAAUCAGAACUAUAUCAAAUUCGGUGACGGCAAGAAGUGCCAGAAGUCAAGCCAUCGAAAGGCUCAGCAAGCUUUUCCCGACCGUGCCCAUUCGAUUUCAAAGAGAAAGGUCAGCAAGCCAAAUUGAAUUCUUCAGGGAAUUAGACGAGAAAAUAAAUAAGGGUCCCGAUCUUCCGCUGGACGAUGCAGGCUCCACAUGCACUCUGCUGGCAACAUGACUGUCCAAGCGGCGCCAUUACGGACUAAAAAGACAUUUAUUUAAUAUCAUAUAAGAAAAUUCAAAGACUCGGGACGCAAAAUUAUAAACGCCACAACUGUACAUUACAUGGUGCGACAAAUUUCCGGAGCUUCAACGAAACUCAUAGUUUCGGAUUCUCGAAGAGCAGGUGACAUCAUCACGAGCUGUGGCCGUGACACCUAGCGACAGCCUGUGUACCUUUGUGGUCUCCGCUCCAUAAGCUCGGCGUUUCGGGCCUUCGAAACUCACGAUCGCGCCCAUCUGAUAAGCCGU